AUAUAUGAACAUCAAUGAAACAUUGGAUUAUAUGACUUGAAAAUAUGGGGUGUUUGAAGUAUUUGCUAACCGUUAUGUGCUUGUGGGCAUGGUUUGAUCAUUUGACUUUUGCAAAUUUUGAUGAUGGGUUGAUGAGGGUUAGCCUAAAAAGGAAGAAUUUAAACAUUAACACCCUAAAUUCUGCUAUGAUCAAGAAGGUCGUUCAUCAUACAGAAUUAGGGGGUGUUAAUAGUAAUAAUCAUCUAACAACAGAUGUAGUGUAUCUGAAGAAUUAUCUUGAUGCACAAUAUUUUGGUGAAAUUGGUAUUGGUUCACCUCCUCAAAUCUUUAAAGUUGUGUUUGACACUGGUAGCUCCAAUCUUUGGGUCCCAUCUUCCAAAUGCAUCUUGUCUAUUGCUUGCUACAUUCAUUCCAAGUAUAGGUCCAAGUUGUCUAGCACCUAUACAAAAAUAGGAACGUCUUGCAAAAUCCCUUUUGGCCGUGGACACAUUCCUGGCUUUUUCAGCCAAGAUCAUUUAAAAAUUGGGAAUAUCAUCAUCAGAGAUCAGGAAUUUGCUGAGAUUACAAAGGAAGGGUCUUUGGAAUUUUUAGCAAUGCAUUUUGAUGGGAUACUUGGACUUGGAUUCCAGGAUAUUUCAGUUGGACAAGUCACACCAGUGUGGUAUAAUAUGAUAGAACAAGGGCACAUGACUCAAAAGAUUUUCUCACUUUGGCUAAACCAAGACCCAGGAGCAAAGAUAGGCGGUGAGAUUGUGUUUGGUGGUAUUGACUGGAGACACUUUAGGGGUGACCACACUUAUGUUCCAGUUUCUCAAAAUGGCUAUUGGCAGAUUGAAGUUGGAGACAUUCUACUUGCAAACAAUUCAACAGGGCUAUGUCAAGGUGGUUGUGCUGCCAUUAUUGAUUCAGGCACAUCUUUAAUUGCUGGUCCAACAAGUGUUGUGACUCAAAUUAACCAUGCCAUUGGAGCAGAAGGAUAUGUUAGUUAUGAAUGUAAAAACAUCAUACAUAACUACGGCGAUUCAAUAUGGGAAUUCAUAACUUCCGGGUUAAGACCUGAAAUUAUAUGCGUGGACAUUGGACUUUGCUCGCGUAAUGGAUCACAUAGAAUGAAUGAUGUUAUUGAAACAGUGGUAGACAAUGAAAAUUGGGAUGAGUCACACACUAAGGAGAGUCCCUUAUGUACUUUAUGCGAUAUGAUUGUGUUUUGGAUUCAGGUUCAGCUUAAGCAGAGAAAUACAAGGGAGAGAAUAUUAAAAUACAUAGAUGAGUUGUGUGAGAAGCUUCCAAAUCCAGUGGGACAAUCAUUUAUAGACUGUGAUAAUGUUGCCACAAUGCCACAAAUUACAUUCACAAUUGGAAACAAGACAUUUCCUCUCUCUCCAGAACAGUAUAUCCUAAGAGUUGAAGAAGGGUGUUCAACUGUCUGCUAUGGUGGUUUUGUUGCUAUAGAUGUGCCACCUCCACAGGGUCCUCUCUGGGUUCUUGGCGAUCUAUUUCUAGGGGCAUACCAUACAGUUUUUGAUUAUGGUAAUCUCCGUGUAGGAUUUGCUGAAGCUGCAUAGUUAUCAUCUUGCUUUAUGUCAUAUUCUUCAUGAGAUUAAAUUAAAUAAACGUAUGAUCAAGUUUUACUACACGACUCACAGCUUAUAAGGCAAGGCAAAGAAUGCUACAGGAAAAACAAAAACAAAUUGCACCAGCCGGGAAUCGAACCCGGGUCUGUACCGUGGCAGGGUACUAUUCUACCACUAGACCACUGGUGCUGAUGUUUAUUGCUUUGUGUUUUAAUGUAUUUGAUGGAUAAAAACAUAUAAAUGAAGUUGUUUCCGUUGGUAAUUAUAAUUUUUUGACUUCGAUUCA